AUGAGUCGAGAAAAGCCAGGCACUGAUUGCAAGCGUUUCCUCGGCGUGCACAAACGGAUACCAAAAGACGUCCGUCGUCAUUGUGGAAUAUGUCGUCAACAUGGAAGCAUUGUCGAAACUCGGGGUCACGUUUGCCCGCUUCGGGAUUGUACAUGUGAAAAGUGUUCUCUGAUUCGAGAACGUCGCCUAAUCAUGUCAACUCAAAUCCGUCUCCGUCGCCAACAGGAUCGAUGCUUUCAACGAACCGAAGACGCUCAGUCGGCCGAUUUGAUUCUCGAUACACAAACGAUCAAAACCAUGAACACUUGUUACGUCUGUCAGAAGUGUAAAAACCAUGGGAUUCUGAAAUGGAAAAAGGAUCACAAGAAACGUUGCGUUUAUUCGGAUUGCCCUUGUUCACAAUGUCAAUUAAUUGAUACAAGACGAGCUUUAGAUCGAACGAUUAAGGGUGAAAAAAAGGCCGAUCGAUCAAUUGAAAAUGUCUCUUUGAAAGGAUUAAAAAUUGACGAGAAUAAAAACAUCGAGUCAACUUCAGCAAAUCUUUUAACGAUUCCUGAUGUUGGUGAGCUGUGCAAGAAAAUCGCGGAUCUCGAAGACACUUCUUACAUGAAAGAUCUGAACACGAAUUACGCAAAAAUCCCUUCAUUUUUCCAAUGCAAUCUUCCAAUUCAUUUCCCAAUUUGCUCAUAUUCUUUCUCUUUUGAUUCUCCAUCAAAUAAAACAAAGCGAUUAUCCUUCAGCAUUGAUUCUCUCUUGGGUAAU